AUCUGGAUCCCUCCUUACAGUACCUAACACCUAACUUGAUUCUCUUUUGAACGACCUUUCUAACAAUGGUUUUACUGCGCUUUGCACCGUCGCCAACGGGCCCUCUUCACCUUGGCGGUCUCCGCAUGGCUCUAUACAAUCAUCUUUACGCACGAAAGCAUGGUGGUAAAUGGAUUCUGCGUAUCGAGGAUACCGAUGCUACAAGAUUCGUGCCAGGUGCAGUGGAUGGCAUUCAACAUGCAUUGGAAUGGGCAGGACUCGAAUACGACUAUGGGCCUAGGAAGGAUAGUAAAUAUGCACCUUAUUAUCAGGUCUGCUUCCUUUCGUGUCAUUUACCUCUCAAACCCUGAAUCCCUAUCAAAGUCAGAACGGCGCGAUUUAUACCGUUCUUACGCGAACAGACUCCUCGAGAGCGGUCGCGCAUAUCGCUGUUUUUGUUCGCAAGACAAACUCUCUUCUAUACGAGAAAGAUUGGCUCGCUCUGGAUCCAAUGCAUCAUAUGACAAGACUUGCCUACGACUUAGCGACGAAGAGGCUGCAAGAAAAGUGAGAGCAGGGGAGAAAUUCACCAUUCGGAUCAACGAUAGCACGCCACCGGAGCGGGCACCAACACGCGAUAUGAUAUUUGGGAAUGUUAGGGACGCCCACGCUUCUCUAUCAACAGACCCAAUCAUACUCAAGUCGGAUCAAUUCCCCACCUAUCAUCUUGCCUCUGUAGUCGACGAUCAUGAAAUGGGAAUUACCCAUGUACUUCGUGGCGAAGAAUGGCUACCUUCUCUUCCACUCCAUCUCGACUUGUACGCCCACUUUGGCAUAACCCCGCCAAAAUUUGCUCACCUUCCCGUUCUCCUCAAUGCUGAUGGUACCAAGAUGUCCAAGCGUAACGGGGACGUACAGGUUGUCGAUUACAUAAGGCGGGGUUGGGAACCCGCAGCCAUACUCAACUGGUUGGCGCUGGCUGGGUGGGGUACGCGACACGAGGAAGCAGCUGAAACGGUCUUAGAGGAAUUGAAGCCGUCAGAUUCCCCUUUUCGAGGCUUGUCUCAACAUGCGCCGGAGAGUACACGAGUUAUGACGUUCCAAGAACUGAUGGAAGAGUUUGACCUCUCCGCUGUCACACAGCGGAGCUCAUCCUUGGAUGCCUACAAACUCGAAUACAUCAACAAACAUCAUCUCAUACGCAUCCGGGAAUCUCAGGACGGGCUCCUCCGCUUGGCUGAAAGAGUUCACUCACUGGUGAAAAGCAAAUUUUCACAUAGCCCAUACACCACUGUGGAGAACAUUAUGCACGCCAUCCGUCUACUCGAGCGCAGACUCAUCACUGUCAACGACGUUCCUGAUCUUGCACCUUAUCUUUUUAUCGAUCCGGAUCUUUCAACUGAUGAAGCCCAAAAAAUUGCGAAACGUGUUGGAGACGAUCGUUCUCGCAUUCUUGAAUCGGCAACGGGUGUCAUACGUGGGUUGGCUGACUCAGGUAAAUGGGAAUCAAUGACCGCUCCAGAAAUUGUUGCUCUGUUCCAUGCAGAACGCGACAGACUUGGGCUCAGGACAUAUUUAAUGGCGGUGCGGCAUGCUAUGACAGGCAUGAAGGACGGUCCGGCGGUGGCUGAUAUCAUGAAAGUCAUUGGCCCUGAAAGGACACUCCAGCGAUUGCAAUCGUGA